UACCGGCGGAGCUCCGCCAGCAGAAGGAGCCGGUGCUCCUCCGUCCGGUCUGUGGAUGUAAACAGAAGGACGUUCCUCUGGAGAGAACAUGACCAAGCUGGAGCUGCUCAACGUGUUCCUGAACGACAGGCUGACGGCCGCCGCGGAGGAGAUCUUCAGAGCCGUUAAAGACACGGUCCUGGAGUACCAGAGCGAGAUCCUCAGGGCCCAGGAGGAGAACGACAAGCUCAAACGGCUCCUCAAUGUAGCCGUCCAGAGGCUCCUGCUGCAGCCAGAGCCUCACUCUGUCCAGCCUCCAGAAGAUGUCCAGCUGUGUGAGUCUGAGUGGAGGAGCAGUGUGGAGCUGCUGCCUCAAGUUAAAGAAGAACCCAAACUAGGAAACGCUCAAAGCGAGUUUCUCCCAGAAGCAGCAGAGUCAGAGGAAGGAACCUGCAGCCACAUUGAGUCUCAGAGGUCUCAUCCUCCUCCAGCUGUCUCUCCUCCUCCACUCACAUCCCCCGAGAUUAAGACGGAGACGGAUGGAGAGAACAGCAGGAAACAGCAGCCGACCAACAGCUUCUCAUCGUCCGUCCAUUCAACCCACAGAGCCGCUCAGAGCGACUCUUACACCUCCUCUAAGAGUCACAGGACUCCAAAGACUGACCAGCUGGUGAAGGGGCUGCUUCGCUCUAAUGGAAAACAAGCUUCUCACUUCCUGCAGAUCAAGAACGUGAGGUCCCUGAAGCCGCCUCCGCCUCGCUCCUCUCACCCCAGCCAGAGCAUCCAGAGGUGGCACAGCUGUAAGGAGUGCGGUAAGGGCUUCAGCUUCGCCUGCCAGCUGGAGGUCCACAUGCGCUGGCACACGAAAGAGAAACCGUACAGCUGCGCCGUGUGCCGGAAGAGCUUCACCACCGUCAGCAUGCUGAAGAGGCACCACCGCAUCCACACCGGGGAGAAACCCUUCCGCUGCCACGUCUGUGGGAAAUGCUUCAACCAGUCCGCUCACCUCAACACCCACUUCAGGCUGCACACCAGAGAGAGGGCCAGCUGGAGCCGGGCCCCACACUGCAAAUGAAGUCCACUGUCUGUAAACUCUAACGCUUUAGUGGCCACAUGUCAGCUUCAAACAGUGUACAGUAAUGGUGUUUGAUGUGUCUUAUUGUUGUGCAAUAAAGAGUGCUCCAUGAA